AUGAAUGAUACGAAUGGUAAAAAAAUUGCUUAUUAUAAUCGUAGUGCAAUUCCAAUACUUCCACAUCCACCACAAUCCAGUAAUAAAGACAAUUGUGUUAUCAGUCUAAAUAAUUUUGUUCAAUGGUUAGGUGAUCAAGCAGAAGCUGAAAAUGUAGAGCUCUAUGUUAACUUUGCUGGCAGUGAGGUAUUGUAUAAUCAGGAUGGAAGUGUGCGUGGAGUAGUAACAAAUGAUAUGAUCGUUUACCAAGACAUUAAUAAACAAAUUCAACCUUCGCGAAGGAAAACAGCCACAAACCUAUGGAAUUGGGAUAAAAGAAGUUUGGGAAAUAGAUCCAGCCAAGGAUUGGUGGUGCAUACUAUAGGAUACCCAAUGGAUUAUAAAACUUAUGGUGGUGGAUUUAUGUAUCACAUGGAAAAUAAUAUUCUUCAAGUUGGAUAUGUGGUAGGAUUAGACUAUCAGAAUCCAUAUUUAAAUCCAUACAAAGAAUUUCAGAAAUAUAAACUUCAUCUGUAUAUAAGAAAGUUUCUUGAAGGUGCAAAGGUUACAUGUUAUGGAGCUAGAGCAUUAAAUGAAGGCGGAUAUCAGGAAUGCUUGCAGGAGAAGCAAGCAUAUAAAGCAUUAGCAUCUAAAUCAGAAGCUAGCAAUUCUAGUUCCGAGCCAAUAAUCUUUGAUGAGUAUGAGAAGUCAAUUGAGAAUUCGUGGAAUUGUAUGAAAAAGUGCAAGCCAAUAGAAUAUCCUAAACCUGAUGGUAAGAUAACUUUUGAUCUUCUGGAAAGUGUGUCAAGGAGUGGAACCAAUCAUUCAGAAAACCAACCUGUGCGUUUAAGAUUGAGAGAUGAGAAAGUACUGGUUGAAAGAAAUCUAAAGAUAUUUGAUGUUGGCAACAACAACGAUGGUGAUGAUAUUGGCAUUGAAAAAACUGGAAUUUGUAUGGAUUGGCAUCGUUAUGAUCAUUAUGGUAUGCCUGGGCAAUCAAUUGAAUCUGGAUCAGAACAUGAAGAAAUAAUUCGUGUAAAAGAGAAGGGCGGGGAGGAAGAGAAAAAGAAAGAGAAGAAAAAUAAAGAGAAGGAUUAUUAUUAUGAAACAGAAUUUCGAAGACUUGUAGAAUUUAUUCUAGAUUGUUCGUUGAAUUGUUGGAUAAACCAAUUUGAAAUAGUGGAGAUUUUAAAUGUGGACUCUAGAGAAAUGAAAAUAAACCCUUUAGCAGGAUUUAUAAAAAGCAUUUGUGAUAUUUGUGAUAUUCAUACAAUAGAUAUUAUUGUGAUAAGAGAAGUUACUGAGUCAAGUUUAACUUAUAAUGUACAUGAACUUUGA